GCAAAGCAUGUACUAGGUUACAGAUAGGUAUAGGUGAGACUAGAAGUCUAGAAUACAGAAAAUCAAUUUCCUAUCGGAGGGAGUGGUUGAAAGGGGCAAUAGGGUGUGCGCAUGUCAUAUUUUGCUAUAACCAAUCAUGUGGCUUUGACCAAAAUGCUGAAAUCAAUAAAAUAUCAACAUGCAUAUAAUCGCCCAUGAAUAAUUAUUACUGAAUCGUUCUUCGUACAGAGCACGUGUGUUUUGAUUGUGAUAAAUGGUUAUUUGUGUAAAUUUUUAUUUUCAUUCAAACAAUUCCUGAAGCCACAAGGCAAGUGCAUCGUACAUAAAAGUAAAGGCAAUUUCGCGAAAAUGCCGCCAAUCAUAAUCGAUGAUGUCUUCUGUUACCGAGGCAGUAAUUAUUUGCGGAUGAGACUACUGCUAUCAACAUUGAGCGGACGAUCUGUUAAGAUAGAAGGCAUUCGGAAUAAAGAGACCGAUCCAGGUUUAAAAGAUUAUGAAGUGAAUUUGAUACGGCUGCUGGAUAAGAUUACGAAUGGCACGAAGGUGGAGCUCGGCGAGACUGGUACUACCUUGUUCUUCCAGCCCGGUAUUUUGAUUGGUGGUCAUGUUACCCAUACUUGCUGCACACAGAGAGGCAUAGGAUAUUACUUAGAGGUUCUCCUUGCCCUGGGUCCAUUCUGUAAGGAGCCAUUGAAUGCUGUGCUACAAGGAGUGACCCACAGUGAACUGGAUGUGUCUGUCGACAAACUGAAGGCUGCAGCGCUGCCCAUAUUACUGAAAUUCAUUUUAGUAGAUGAUGGACUGGACCUUAAGGUUGUCAGGAGAGGUGCGCCUCCUUUGGGCGGUGGCGAGGUUGUAUUCAAGUGUCCCGUGCAGCGCCACCUCCGGCCACUGCACUGGAAGGAAUGGGGGCUCGUGCAGCGCAUUCGUGGGGUAGUGUACGCUCUGCGCGUAUCACCCACCAUGGCUAACAGAGUCGUUGACGCCGCUAAAGGGGUCAUGUUGAAGUUUCUGCCAGAUGUCUAUAUUAACACGGAUCAGUGUCAAGGUCCCAACGCUGGGAGUAGUCCCGGCUACGGAAUCAGUCUUGUGGCAGAGACCAAUGACAAAACCGUUUACUGUGCUGAAUCUCAAUCAGCUGAAAGUGGCAGCGACGCGAUACUUUCUCCCGAGGACGUGGGCCGGGAAUGCGCCCUCAAGUUGUUGGACGAGAUCCACCGCGGAGGCACCGUGGACUCCUCCUUCCAGUGGUUGGCGGCGUUGUGGAUGGCGCUCGGUCAGAAGGACGUCAGCCAGUGCGUUAUAGGACAUCCCUCAGAAUACACAAAGAUGAUAUUGCGACAUCUGAAGGACUUCUUCGGGGUGAUGUUCAAGCUGGACGUGCAGUGGGCAGAGGAAGCUGAUUCGUCUGACGAGGAAGAGUACAGCACACCUCACAAGAUGAAGUUGACGUGUGUUGGUAUUGGCUAUGUUAAUAUAAGUAGGAGAACCCUUUAAAUAUAUGUUGUUAUGUAGAAACUAAUCAUGCAUUUUUAUUUAC